GCUGGGAAAAGUUCUUACAGAACCGUAUCCAGGUGCAGGAACCUUCACGCAAUGACAAGCUUGUGUGAUGCUAGCUGACCUAAAGGGUGGAGUUAGCUUCGGGGAACGGCUUGAUUAAGGGAGCCAGGGGACCGAAUUUCGGCAUUUGUGUAGUUUGACGUGCAAUACGUGGUGAUACCAUUGCUUAGCUAAACUGCAGUGCUCCAGACAACAACAUUAAAAACAAGAUGGAGGACUCUAAUGGCAGUAAGCCACUUAUGGUAACAUCUUCCCUGUCUUUCCAAGUCACUACACCUUCUUUCUACAACCAACCGAAAAGGUUUGCCUCUGUGGCCCCUCCUCGACCCAAAGGGCAGUCUAACCAAUCGCAGUCACUGACCUUCUCGACAAAAGCAAGCACAGCUACAGUUGGCCGGGUUGGAGAGAUCCCUCCACCUCCUUCAUCUAUUAGUGAAGAUUUUCCACCCCCUCCUCCUCCAGUGGAUGCAGAGCUGCCAGCUCCUCCCCCAGAAUGUCAGCUCACACCCCCUGCAUUUGAGGCCCCUCCCCCUGCUUUCCCUCCCCCUCCCCCAGUUGCAGAAGACUUGCCUCUCCCAGCACCUCCUGAAGAUGUGAGCUUCGUACCCUCAGAUUCUUCUCCUGCUGUUGCUCCUCCUCCUCCACCUCCUCCCCCUCCUGCACCUCCACUCCCUGAGUCUGGCACCGGUAUCGGUCUUCAGAAAUCAUUGGAGAAGCAGACUAGUUUUGACCGACAGCUGGACUCUCUAACUGAUAUGUUGUCAGAAAUGGAAACACGAAGACCUUUCAACCCAAAGGUGUCCAGUCAGCUGUCAUCAGUGCCUACCCCAAAGUCACCUGCUCCUCCUCCCACAGCCCCCAAACCCUCCCUGUCUUUUCUGCCCCCACCAGAACUGCAGGAUCGCCCUCCACCUGCCCCCUGGGCAGAAGAGCUACGUGCACGUACCACAUUGAGACACGGUGGCACGAGCACACCCUCUGCCCCAGCAUCUGGAGCACCAGUGGGCAAAGGACCUGCAGCUACCCCAAAGACAACAUUCACUCCCAGCCAGCCUGCUUCUAAUUUUAGCCCCAAAUCUGGAAACAGCGUGAGCUCUGCAGCUCCACGAGGAGUUAACCUUGCCCCCAAAGUCACUUCUCACAUCUCGUUCCCUCCACCACCUGCUGCACCACCAGGUCCUCCUCCACCGCCAGCAAAUGCCCCUGCCCCUGCCAAAGCUGUCAGUAAUGCCAAAGCCUCCCUUCCAUUCAAUCAAGAGAAAACAUGUCCACCUCCAGUUUCUCCACAGCCUAAACCAGCACCAUCUUCCACUUCCACUGCAUCACAAAACAGCAACCUAUUGCUCAGUCCAACCCCACCCAUGCCAAAAGGCCCUGGAGCAGGUGCACCCCCUGGUGGUGUUCCUCUCUCAAUGCGAGAAGUUGAAGAGCUGGAAAGGAUGACCAAAGAUUUCAUUAAGCACAUGGACAACCGUUCCCCAGUUAUCACCUCUGCACCUACAGAGAUGUGUGGAAAUUGUGGAGAGGCUCUGUCCAGGUCUCAGCCUGCAGUCAGGGCGAUGGACAAACUUUUCCACUCACACUGUUUCUGCUGCGUGACGUGCCAGCGCCCCCUGCAGGGAAUGCAGUUCUAUGACCGUGAUGGAACACCAGAGUGUGAGGAGUGUUAUGUGAACUCUCUGGCAAUUUGUUCUCGCUGUGGGGAGCGGAUCACAGAUCGUGUGCUGAAAGCAGUGGGUCAGUGUUUCCAUGCUCACUGUUUCCGCUGCACUGUGUGUAGCUGCACACUGGAGGGCUCUCCAUUCAUCACUGAUGACAACAACAACCCCUACUGUGUCAAUGAUUACCACCGACGUUUUUCUCCUCUGUGUGUGAGCUGCAAUGAGCCAAUUGUUCCUGACCCUGGCAGUGAGGAAACACUCAGAGUAGUAGCCUUGGAGAAGAACUUUCAUCUUAAGUGCUACCGAUGUGAGGACUGCGCCCGUCCUCUCUCUAUAGAAGCAGAUGCUGAUGGUUGUUAUCCAUUGGACGGGAGGAUUCUAUGCAUGAAGUGCCACACAAAGCGUGCCAAGCAGGCCAUGAAGUGAUUGGUGGAAACUCCUGUCACUCCUUAAAAACCAAACGUAAAAAUCAAAGAUUGACUCUGCUUUGAUUCCAGACAUUUGAUGCAUUGUUUUUGUGAGUUUUGUAAUUCCGUCUCUUUUGUCAUUUGUCAUACAGCCUUGUUUUUGUCUGAACCUUUCUGUAGCUUUAUCAGCGAGACCACUUAGCAAGAAACUCAAUAACUCCAGCAGCUCUUUUGCAUUUUUUUAUGCACGCUCUUAAGAAAGAUCCUCUUCCCCUUUCUAAAGAUGCUUUCCUAAGCAACUUCAUCAAUGUUUACCAUCUCAGCAUGUGGUUGCUUGAAUACAGUGUUCUGACAUGUCGUGUAAUUUAACAAUUGAGAGCUAGGAUUUUAGGGUAUGAAAAAAGAUUGUGUAACUGUGGCUAUUUCUAGUUCACUGCAACUCCUUACGUGCUUCGCACAUGAACAACUUGCGUAAAGCUUAGCACAGCCUCCAGAUCAAAAUCAUUAAAGAUUAAAGGACAGUUAGCACUGUUUACGAUACUUGUAUUAAAUAAAUAUGACACAUGAACUAGUGAACAGCAGAAAAAUGCUUUUAGAAAAACAGCUUUCCAAAUAGACCUAUAGCUACAUACUGUAGAUGCAUAUGAAGGCCGGUAGGGAAUUAUGUGUUAUGUAAUGAACAAAGCUAUGUUUGUCUUGCAUGCAACAGUUAUUCAACAAGACUGCAUGAUCAAUUUUUAUUAGUUUUUUUGUUUGUUUGUUUUUUAAGCACAAAAAUUGACCACUGAUUAUUAAUGUAUUACCAAGAUUGAUUGAUGGAUGGAAAUAUUACAUAGUAUUAAUUCAGUGACAGCCUGUUGCUUUCUGUUCCAUGAUACAAUCAUAUUUCAAAUGAAUCAAAUAUGUCUGCCAUCUAAUAUGACUAUACAUCACCAGGAAUUAAUAUUCAGUACUACGUUAGUCGGUUGGCUGGUCAGUCGUCUAUGGGAGCAAGAUGAUUAGUGGUUGGUCGCUCACUAACUCACUCACGUUAGUGUACAGGUUCUUAUAUAGGGCGCAGUAGAAAAGGACACACACUAGAUUCACACAACACUUAUUUCUGAGUGUGACCAACACAUCAUGACUAUUACACAAUUUAAAAUAUUCCUGUAACCGUGCUGAAAAAAGCCAAACACAGAAGUAUGCAAAUUCCCAAGCACAAUCUCUGUAUUAAACACACCUCUUACAAGUGCCUAUUGGCUUUAGAGGUUGUUAGCAUUCUUAUGGAUGUUUGUAUGUGUAUUUUCGGAUGCUCUAAUAAUCUUCCUGACACGUACAUUUUGAUGUGAAAUAAAAAUCUAUGUAUUAUGGCCUUAUAGAGGGUAGUAUUAUAGUGAUCUAUACAGAUCACUGAGAACUUAGACAAAAUAUCUAAGCUCAAGUACCGUACUGUGUCUAUGAAUGGGAAAAAAUUCGAACACUGCCUUAGUCGUGGGUUGAGAGAGACUCUCAGAGAAAUGGCUAGAAACGUUUGCACAAAUGCUUUAAAUAACUUACUAGUGUUAAACUAUAAAGAACAAAUCAAUGGGUCUUUUUCAUGAGACAGUUAUGCUAAUGCUAACCUGGAAAUUUCAGAUGACUUGGGAAAUGGACUAAAUUCUAAAUGUUUAGUUGAAAUCCUUUAACAUGAACAAGGUGUCAUUCCUUAAAUUUAUAUUUUACACUCUUCUACCUUCUUCACAUGUAUAAUUGUGUAUGUAUCUCCACUUAAAAUGUAACAAAAAUAUUCUACACAGUGUUGCACAGAUGUCCCAAAGUCUGUAAUCAUUUAAAUGAUUCCCCCUUUUUGAUUUCUUAUGCAUUUAAUGAAUAUUUUUUUUCUAUAAUAUUUGCUUCAUGUUUUUUGUCAUGUCAGUAUAACCAUGAUACUGCUGUUUACAGUAUGUGAUGGACAUCCAUUAUAAUGUUUGUUUGUUUUUUUGUUUUUUUUGUCAUUUUCCACACACUCAUAUACAAGUGCUUUAUUUUGCAGUUAAAAUUCUUUGUGAUAUGUGAAUGUGUGUAUGUUUACGGUCUAAUAAUGUAUUUUGCAAUCAAGCUCUCAUUUGUACUGUAUUUUAAAAUGAAAACAGAAAAAAAAAAACUUUUCAUUCUGCUUGAUUUCUAAAGCAUGUUCCUUGGAGGAUGGAAGUAAUAAAAAAGAUUAAAUUUAAAUCCUUA